ACUGAUAUGACAUGAAAUGUUUACAGUUGGCAAUAUAUAGUUGAAAUUUAGAGUAAUAAACUUGAACGUCACAAGGAUAGUAGUGCAUGAUAGGCUCCUCCAAAAAAAAUCUUUACUAAUAACAAAAGCAAAACUAUUGUAAUAUUUAUAUUUGUUGAAAUUCCUGUCAAGUUAUUUACAAAAAUCUAAAAUAGUUUAUGGUUGCUGAAUUUCAUUAAAACUUGUAUUACUUAUUACAAUUCCAAUAUUCAAGUAAGUUUAUCUUUCGAAUUUCAUUUAUUGGAAAAUAAAAUGAUAGAAAUUACAUGCAAUGACCGCCUUGGCAAAAAAGUGAGAGUAAAAUGUAAUGCCGAUGAUACAGUUAGAGAUCUUAAAAAGUUAAUUGCAGCUCAAACUGGGACACAUUGGGAAAAAAUAAUACUAAAAAAAUGGUACUUAAUUUUUAAAGACCACAUCAAAUUACAAGAUUAUGAAAUUCAUGAUGAAUGAUUAAUAGGACUUUCAGGUUCCACUACUGUCCUUCCACGGUUGCUUAGAAAAUCUCUUAU